CUACUGCUACAACUCUGCUGCUCUCUGUUCGUUCGUUCGCUUGCUUUCUAUUUGAUUUCGUUUUUGUGUUAUUAACAAAUUUGUUGUUGUAUGUGUGUGUACGUGCUCAUUUCGAAAAUAUUCUAACGAAAAUGCUCGACAACAACAGGAACUGCAGGGCCAAAAAGAAAGAACGUUGUUGUAACUGCUAUAGCAACAAUAAGAAACGAUAAAAGUUUUUAAAAAUUGUAUAUGAAGAUAAGUGAGGCUGCGAUUGCAAACGAGUUUUGUUUGUUUGCAUUGGGCAAAGCGCGCGCAUAAUCCGAGUUGCCAUCAAGGUGAAACUGCCAACUGGCAUUGACUGUUCAAUUUAAUAUAAUUUUCCUCAAAUUAAGAAUAAAUAACAAACACAAGGCAAGCUCAAGAGGAAGCUGUAGAAAUUGGCGGCGGUUCUCAGUACAAAAAAAAAAUCAAAAUACCAACUAAUCGAAAAGAAGGCAAAGCAGACCAAAAACACACACACGCACUAACACAUAUACCGCGCGUACACUCAACGUACAUAAAUACUACGAAAAAAAAACACAUACAUACGCCCAGCAUAGACAAACAAAGGGCAACAGUGUAGCGCUCUCGCUUGCACACACGGCAAAAUCAUUUGGCGUGGGAGCGAGACGGCAUACAGGUGACCAGUGAGUGCCAAAUGUCACAAGAAAUUACAACACUGCUGUGAAAGAGGAACGGAAUAAAAACAACAACAACAACAUUAGCCAGCAGCCGUAGGCAGAGCAUCAAAAGCUAGCUAGCAAGAAGAAGAAGAAGCACCAAGAGUAAUAACAUAAACAAACCAAAACAAGUACAAAGCGGGCGCCGGCUACAACUAAAAAAGCAAUUUGAAAACAUACUCUUCACUCCCCGAAGUCCUAAGCCAAACACAAAUGCUAAAAUGUUACCUAGCAUGCAAUCAACGACUGCAAUACAGCAUAAUAACAACAGUUACCUGAUGGCAACGGAACAGGAAAUAUCUCAUGUGGAAUAUGAUGUUAUAAACUUCUACACAGAUGAAAAUCCAAUUCCAGAUGCAACAACCGAACUAACAACAACAACAGCAGUAACAGCAGGAGCGGCAACGCCAACGCAGCGUUGCUCUCGAGUGAGCAGCAACAACAACACAUUGCUGGAUGUUGUUGUUCACUCGAGAUCAGUGCGCGACAGUCACUUGAGGAUGCCAACUGUUGGCCAUCUGGACGAUGCGGAAUCCAUGGUGACAUCUAUGGCUAGCAGCAGUCGUUCGCGAGGUGGUGGGAAUAUUAGCAGCAGGCAUCGUACCAAAGACAGUGGCGCCACUGUUAAUGCUACACCCACGCUGGGUGUUAAUAUGCGCGUAACUGGACAGUGCAGUCAAGGAGGUCGCAAAUAUAUGGAGGAUCAAUUCUCUGUGGCUUAUCAGGAGUCGCCGCUUACACAUGAACUGGAAUACGCUUUCUUUGGCAUUUAUGAUGGGCAUGGCGGCACAGAGGCCGCACUCUUUGCCAAAGAGCAUCUUAUGCUGGAGAUUGUUAAGCAGAAACUCUUCUGGUCCGACAAUGAUGAGGAUGUGCUGCGAGCAAUACGUGAGGGCUAUAUAAGCACACAUUUCGCCAUGUGGCGGGAGCAAGACAAAUGGCCUCGCACCGCCAACGGUCACUUGAGCACAGCGGGCACAACGGCCACAGUUGCCUUUAUGCGUCGCGAGAAAAUCUACAUAGGUCAUGUGGGCGACUCGGGCAUUGUGCUGGGCUAUCAGAAUCCACACGAGCAACGUUGGCGCGCCAAGCCGCUGACGCGAGAUCAUAAGCCCGAAUCGGUGGCGGAAAAGGCGCGCAUACAGCGCUCUGGUGGCCAGGUGGCCAUCAAGUCUGGAGUGCCGCGCGUCGUAUGGAAUCGUCCGCGAGAUCCUUUGCAUCGUGGGCCCAUUAAGCGGCGCACGCUGGUGGAUGACAUACCAUUUUUGGCGGUGGCGCGUUCAUUGGGCGAUCUAUGGAGCUAUAAUUCGCGUUGCAGAGAGUUCGUGGUUAGUCCCGAUCCAGAUGUCAAGGUGGUCAAAAUUGAUCCCGAUAUGUUUAGAUGUUUAAUCUUUGGCACUGACGGCCUUUGGAAUGUGGUGACCGCACAGGAGGCAGUGGAUGCUGUGCGUGAAAAGCAUGUGAUGGGCGAAUGUCUGAGCGAGCAGGAUUCAAUGAAUCCCAGCAAGGCGCUGGUGGACAAAGCGCUCAAAACGUGGGCAACUAAAAAGAUGCGGGCGGACAAUACAUCCGUGGUAACUGUGAUAUUGACGCCAUCACUUGGCGGUGGCACAACAAUUGCUGGCGAAGGUGAUGAUGUGGGCAUGGAUAUUGAGAACUAUUGCCCUGCUGAUGCGGAUACUGAAAUGAGCACGCAGCGUCUGGAAAUGGAGCUGUGCAGUGUUAUUGAGGAGAAGGAAUAUCCGCAUGAAUUGCCGUAUAGUGCUGUGGCCAAGCGCUUCUUGCCACCGGAGCUGUAUCGCAACUACAACUACUAUGUGGACGAAGUGGAGCAGGUGGAGUACGUUGAGGAGCUGGUGGAGGAGGAGGAGGAGGCAGCGGCGGCGGCGGCAGCAGAGAUUGAUGAGCAGCAGCAGCUGCAUCAAGAGCAAGUGACGGCACAUUAUAAUUUACUGCAGCAAAGCAAAUGUUUGCGUAAAACGCUCAGCGCUUGGCAGCAGCGUCAAGAGCCGCAGGAGCAGGUUCUAACAGCGCAGUCAACGUUGGAGAUAUUUAGCAACAGCAGCAGCAGCAGCAACAACAUGGAAUUGGAGCAAAACUUUGGCAACUAUGUGGGCAGCACGGCAAGUUUUGCUGAGUCAUACAAUACGCUGCUUAAUGAACAGCAGCCAACAACAGCAGCAAUACAAUCCGCAGCAGCAGGCACAACAACAGCAACAGUCACAGCAGCAGCAGCGGCAACAAGAACAACAACAACAACAACAACAACAACGCAGCAUAGCAUGCAGGAAAUAUUGCAAGAGCAGCAGCAGUAUCAGCAACAGGAGGGCUAUUCGCUAACGCAACUGGAAACACGACGCGAGCAACAACAACAACAACAACAGCAGCAGCAGCAGCAGCAACAACAGCAACAGGUUGCCUGCAGCAGCAGCAGCAGAUGGUCGCAGCCAUCCUAUUUGCCGCAGCCAGCAGAGUUGCUAGAGUUGAAUGCGCUGCUGCAGCAGGAACGCGCCGAGCAGCAACAGGUGGCGCUGGAGCGAGAGCAACAGCAGCAGCAGCAGCAACAACAACAGCAGCAGCAUCAACUAUUGCUGGUCGAGGCAAGCAGUUCUAGCUCUAAUUCCAGUAACGACUGCAUUACACCAACAACAGAGUUUAUUUAUGAAAGCAUGUCACAAAUCUGGGGUGAGCCGCUGCCUACACUGCAAGACAAUGAGGUUAGCUCGACGCUGCCCAAUACGCCCACGGGCACGCCUACAAGCACGCCAACACCAACGCCCACGCUGCCAACAGAACAGCAGCAACAGCAGCAGCUGCCGCUGAAGAGCGAAGCUAAGCAGCAGCAAUCGCAAAAGUUGAGCUCGUUGGCACCAAAGCUGCGACGUUAUCGCAAUGUGCCCAAUGAGAAUCAUCAGCAGACGCGUCGUCGUCAGCUGUUUAAGCAUAGCAAGAGCAAGUCCUUCAUAGGCGCCAGCGCUGCUGCCAUUGUUGCCUACAGCAGCAGCAGCAACAACAACAACAGCAGCAGCAGCAAUAAUAACAACAGCAGCAGCAGCGGCAAUGCUGUUAUGCCUAGCAGCAGCAGCAGCAGUGGCGCUGGCAGCAGCAGCCGCAGCAACAGUCGUAGACGCAGCGUUAAUGUUGGCGCCGGCAACAACAACAACAGCAGCAGCAGCAGCGUUGGCGUCAUGAUGACGCGUCGCAGUCACAGUUUAAGCUUAGCCACGGCUGUCGUAAGCAAACGUCAGCUGCGCAGCAGCAUUUGUCAGCUAUCGCAGCUUGGCAACUUGGAUCUAAGCAAACGCACGCUGCGCACGCGCAACAUAACAGCAGCAACAGCAACAACAACAACAGCAGCAGCAGCAACAACAGCAGGCGCAGCAACUGCUGCCAGCAGCAGCAAUCAUAGCAAUGCUGCUAGAGCCAAUGCAAACUUUGUUAAGCCCGCAGCAGCAGCAACAACACCAACGGCAGCAGCAACAGCAACUGUUGUUGCUAGCACACGUCGCCUGCGUCGCUGCAAUGAAGAGCGCGAACAGCGUCGCAGCUUGCGUCGCAACAAUCUCAAUAUCAAUCAACAGCUUGGCAGCAACAACAGCAGCAGUGGCGGCGGCGGCAACGGCUCUAGCGCUGGCAGCAAUCAAUUCAGCAAAUCAACACGCCUGCAAUCAUGCAGCGGCGCCAUUGCAGCGCGUCCGCCGCCUUCACCAAAGAAAUUGAACGCCGUAGUGCCAACGCUGGCAAUCGGCACGCGCGCCUAUACUGCGGCGCUGGCAGCGGCUGCUGCUGAUUUAAACAAGCGUUGGUCGCUACGCAGCAGCAGCAGCAGCACCAACAACAACAGCAGCAGCAACAGCAACAACAAUAACAAUGCAAUGGCUACACUUGUUACCGCCAUUCGUUGCUAUAGUGCGCGCAAUCGCGCCGCAGCUGCAACGGCAACAACAACGGCAACAACAACAACGAGCACGUCGCGGCGACGCUGAUGUGGAGCACGCCCCCAAAUUUUCAAGUACAAAUACUGCAAGCAUUAAAACAGUAGAAAUCCUUUAACAAAAAAGCAAAGAAAAAAAAUAACGCAUAUAACUUAAAAAAGUAACAAAGCAUUGUGCGACAACAAAAAGAGCAAAUUGAGUGACUUCUGUUAUAUUUAAAUAACAACAAAAUCAAACACACACACACACACACACACAUGCAAACAAACAAACACUCUAAAUU